AUGCUCUCUCGUCAAGCACGCAGCAGCUUCUUCACACAAGCCGCUGCGGCGCAAAGGAUUGCAUUAUCGCUGCAAUCUCCCGCCCUUUCAUCACAUCUCUUGCCCACGGGCCAGCCUUGCACGGCACAUCAACACUGGUUAUGGCGUCGUCGAUCCGCCCCUGGCCGUGGCGUGCGACUUCAGGAACGGCGCCUAGCCACGGCCGUCGACGACUUCAAGUUCGAAUCUAUACCCUACAAUCAUCUCACGAGCUCGACCUUGUCACCCUAUCAGCCCCCCCUCCUUGGAUCUCUUGAUCUGCGGACGUUCGGCUCCUCGACGCCGCUCACAAUCCCCGAACCGGGCCCGCCUAGAGCGGCGACCAAGACAAACUUGUAUGGCAUCCCGGGAGACACGGACGACAUGCUCCCCGUGUUUGAUGCUUGCAUCCGUGUCGGUAAAUUGGACAGGGCAGCACUGGUGCUCAAACGAUUCAACUCGAUGGGCACCCUGUCUGGGGAGGAGCGAAUCCUGCUCAACAAUCAGUACCUGCGUGCUUCGUUGCGGCAAAUGCGGACGAGCCCCGACCGGAAGCAAGCGGAGAUGCUGCACAAGUGGUACGAGCUUCAAAUACGGAGCACCGGACUGCCUCACACGGCGGAGACCAUCGCCUGCAUGCUAAAGGCCUCUCUCCUCUCCGAGCGAGGCUCACGCCUUGUUCGCCUCGUCACACGCUACAUGGGAAUGGCCCCCGGCGAAGCAGGACUGCGCGUCUUGAACAUGGCCGACAUCCUCAGCGACCAAGACCUUGCCGUCAUCACCGAAAUCUGCCCGACGUACAAUUUUGCCACGGAGAUGGAAGAGUUUGACGACGUCCUCGCCAUGGACGAGCCGAUCGAACUGGUCAGCGACCCCUCAGGCCAGCAUGUCGACGCACCACCUACCACCACAGUGCCAGAGCUGGUGCCGACACCGCAGCGAGGCGAAGGUCUCAACACGCUCAAGCAAGGUCUAGGGCUGCUCAUGGAUUUGCAAGACGUCGACAUCGCCAGGCUUACCCCUGCCGAUCGCCGCCAGAUUCAAGUGCAAAUAGAACGCGAUUCCAUCAGUUCCGCCAUCAAGAAAUGGCGCCAUGAUCACAAGAGUUUACAAAGCAUGAACAUCAAUACCGCGUUGAGUCCAUCGUCGUCGCCCGGAUCGCUAUCACAGCACAUGGCCUCCUGGCUCGGUGCCAUGGAGACUCGACUCAAGGAGGAGCUUGUCCUUAUCGACACCUCGGAGAGCAAGAAGACCAAGUCAAACCAAGAUCUGGAUCGUUGUCUGUACGGUCCUCUGCUCCAGCAGGCCGACCCUGCGCGGCUGGCAGCCGUGACGAUUCUCUCAGUCCUCAAUCUCGGCGCCAUGCAAGGCGUGGACAAGGGCAUCGUUCUGAGCAAACUCAUCACCAACGUGGCAAAGCUGGCGCAGGAGGACAUUGAGCUGCAGCAACGGGAUAGGAAAAAGAAGGCUCAGCCAACGCGCAACGUUCGAUAUACUAGGCCAGACUUGCCGAGCGAGGGCGCUGCCGCCGAUGGUUCGACUCUGAUCACCGACACCUCCCAGACGGAGCGCAUGCUGGAAGAAUCUAUCCGGAAGCCGUGGUCGAUGCCAAUCAGGCUCCAAGUCGGCUCCAUCCUCCUCAAAAUAUUGAUCGAGACAGCCAAGGUCAAAGUCACGACCGAGCACCCGGAGACGAAGGAGCCGGUAAGCCAGUACCAACCAGCCUUUACGCACCUGCAGCAACCUCGCAGGGGAAAAAAGGUCGGCGUCCUGUUCCUCAACUCGCAACUCGUCGAGCAGUUGAAGCGGGAACCCGUUGGCGACUUCCUUGCGAAGCACCUGCCGAUGAUUGUUGAGCCGAAGCCCUGGAAAGGGUUCAGCGAGGGCGGCUUCCUAGAAUCCAGGACAAAUUUCGUACGAGUAAGGCCUGGAAGCGUCGAGCAGCGGCUCUAUACCAAGGCUGCCAUCGACUGCGGCGACAUGAAGCUGGUUUUCAAAGGUCUGGAUGUGCUCGGAAAGACUCCGUGGCAGGUGAACAGCAACGUUCUGAACGUCAUGAUGGAGGCGUGGAACGCGGGAGAACCAAUCGCCAACAUGCCUCCACUGAACCCUGAAUUCGAAAUUCCACCGGAACCAGACUCAUCCGCCGAUCCCCUCCUCCGUCGUUCCUGGAUCCGCACCGUCAAGGCCAUCGAGAACGAGAGGUCCGGUCUGCACUCGCAGCGUUGCUUUAUGAAUUUGCAGCUGGAGAUUGCGAGGGCCUUUCGGAACCAGACGAUAUAUUUCCCCCACAACGUCGACUAUAGGGGCCGCGCGUACCCCAUCCCGACGUAUCUGAACCACAUGGGCGCUGACCACACUCGCGCGAUCCUCAAGUUUUCCAAGGGAAGGGUCCUAGGUGCGCGAGGUUUGCGAUGGCUCAAGAUUCACUUGGCCAACCUCUACGGCCUCGACAAGUCAAGCUUCGACGAGAGGGAGGCCUUUGCCGACGACAAUGUCACCAACAUUGUCGACUCGGCGAAGAACCCGCUCGCGGGAAAUCGAUGGUGGCUCAAGGCCGAGGACCCGUGGCAAUGUCUCGCCGCUUGCUUCGAGCUGAAGGCUGCUUUGGAGCUUCCCGAUCCCACCACGUUCGUCUCCAACCUGCCCGUUCACCAGGAUGGUACGUGCAACGGCCUCCAGCACUACGCUGCCCUUGGCGGUGAUACUUGGGGCGCGAAGCAAGUGAACCUGGAACCUGGCGACCGACCAGCCGAUGUCUACUCGGCGGUUGCCGACCUCGUCAAGCAAGCCAUCGACAAGGACGCCGCGGCGGAGAACCGAUUCGGCAUGAUACUGCAGGGCAAGAUCACGCGCAAGGUUGUGAAGCAAACUGUCAUGACCAACGUGUACGGAGUCACAUUUGCCGGAGCCAAGAAGCAGGUUUGCAAACAGAUCGAUGCGCUGUAUCCGAACCUGGGCAAGGAAUACGGCAUUCCGAAUUUGCUGUUGUCGACGUACAUUGCGAGGCACAUCUUCAACGCGCUUGCAACCAUGUUCCGGGGCGCACAUGACAUCCAGUACUGGUUGGGGGAGGUAGGCGGCCGCGUUUGCAAAGCCCUUACCCCGACCCAGCUGGAGCAGAUGGCCGAUGCCUACUCGGGCGGGAAUGCGGAUGAGAAACCGCGAAAGCGAAAGAAUGCGUCGGCUGGUCACAAGUCGGGGCUGGAUGAGCUGACGCAACAGUUUCGAUCCACCGUCGUGUGGACGACGCCAUUACGGAUGCCUGUGUCGCAGCCGUACCGAAAGAGUAGCAUGAGAGAAUUGAGGACCUGUCUUCAGGCGGUCGUGUACCCGGUAAACGAUCAGACGGACCCGGUCAACCGCAGGAAGCAGCUCCAAGGGUUCCCACCAAACUUCAUUCACUCGCUGGAUGCGAGCCACAUGCUACUGUCCGCUUUGCAGUGCGACGCCCUCGGCCUCAGCUUUGCUGCCGUGCACGAUUCCUUCUGGACGCAUGCCGCCGACGUCGACGCCAUGAACGAGGUCAUUCGCGAUUCCUUCAUCAAGAUUCACGAGGAGGACGUCGUCGGUCGGCUGGCGGCCGAAUUCCAGGCCCGCCACAAGGGAUCGUUGUACCUCGCCCAUAUCGACCCGUCGACGGCGGUGGCAAAGAAGAUCAAGGAGCUCCGAAAAAACAGCAAGCUUUCUCCCAAGGAGGAGCUCCUCCUAGAGCACAAGCGGAAUCAGCUUCAGUUGUCCGGCAACCCGUGUGACCUGGAGGCUGCCAAGAAAAUCGUCACUCCGGCAUCAGUUUUUGAGGAAAUGUCGGCAGGCGAGGCGGACUUUUCCAUCCAGGAAGACACCAAGGACAUGGGCCUCGGUGAGAUUCCCGAAGGCGAGGAUGAACUAUCGACGAAGGAAAUCCGUGACGAGAUGAUGGAGAGCGACGGAGACGCCCCGUGUUCCGACGCGGCGGAUAUGUCGGAGCGGCUCAUGGAUGAGAUGAAAACGACUCAUUUCGAAUCGCUGGUCAGGGGGGAAGAUAAAGGCAGCACGAAAAGCCGUCGUACGCCUGUGCCGGUCUGGCUACCGCUGACCAUUCCAGCCAUUCCGAAAAAGGGCGAUUUCGAUGUCAAGCGACUACGAGGAAGCAAGUACUUCUUUUCGUAA